AUGGGUCAUAAGAUUGCGAUUAAUAAACAAGGUUUAGUCACACUGCAGCCUUUGUCUGAUCGAUGUCGCUCAAUCCAAAAUAUCCCAAGACCUACGUCAAGUAAAGAUGUAAGGAAAUUCAUAGGUGCUGUUAACUAUGUUUCCAAUUUUCUCCCAUACUUACAGUCAGUUCUACAACCCUUGCAUAAAAUUUCCAGCAAGAAAUCAUCAUUUAAAUGGUCUGAAGCACAAGAGGAAGCAUUCAUUAAGGUUAAGUCACUACUUGUACACCCACCUGUUCUGUACAUGCCUAAUGAUAGUGGUAGGAUUACCCUUUAUAGUGACACCUCAAGAACAGCUACAGGAUCAUAUCUUACCCAAAUUAUUGAUGGUGAAGAGAGAAUUCGUGGAUAUUAUUCAAAACGACUUCCUAAGGCAUGCGAGCGCUAUUCAGUCACAGAAUUAGAAUUAUUUGGUCUUCUGAUCAAUAUCUCUAAUUUCCAAUAUCUACUUAGAGGAGUUGAAUUUGAUGCGUAUGUUGAUCAUGCUGCCAUUGUCCACCUCUGUAACUCCAAACGUCCACCUUGUACCAACAGAUUACAGAAACUGUUAGUCAAACUUAGUCAUUAUGCCUUUAAGAUUGGUUACAAAAAGGGCACAGAAUUAGUCCUAGCUGAUUUUCUCUCCCGAAGCCCACUCGAAAGUGAUUCGGAGAUCGACAGUGUUGUCCCUACAGCAUUCGCUAUUCUCAAUCCAGUAACUAAUAGACCUGUAACUCGUCAAUGGGCCAAGACACAUAACAUUUCUGUACCAGCAGUUUUCCCUUCUGCCCAACAUCAGACGGUAUCACACAAUUCAGUUGAUACAGUUAAUAAUCAGCCUUCUGAUGUUCGGUGUCACAGAUCACAUAAAAUCCCGACAAUUUCCCAAUCUCCCAAACGAUCUCAUAUCAGGAUAUCAAAUGAUAGUUCUAUCAAAGCAUCAUCUACCACACAAGACCCAAGGAUUGUGGAUAAUGCUUUUCAACCUGAAUCUCCUGAAGAAAUCGAGAUACCAAUUGAACUAUGUAUCCCACCUACACCUGUAGUUCAUAAUGCGGAUAAUGUUAUUCGCACACAUUUUCCUAAACAAGCUCAGCUAGAUAAACUAUUAAAAGUUAUCAAGAAAAAGAUAAUCCGUGAUUAUAAUUUACCUGUAGAUAAAAAUCAACUACGGUUAGAACAAGAAACUUCUCCAUUCUUCAAACCUGUAUAUGAUUUUCUCAGUCAUGGUAUUCUGCCUUCAAACCGUAAAGCAGCAAAAUCAGUCAAACACAAAAGUGAAGAAUAUAUUAUAUGUGAUCAUAUUUUGUUUCGUCUUCUCAUACAUAAUGAUAAUACAUUUUCUCUUCAGCUUGCAAUUCCAGAAUCAUUAUGUCAUAAUAUUAUUGCUAUAUAUCAUGAUAGUUUAUUAUCUAGUCAUCAAGGUAUUGUAAGGACAUAUCUCACAAUUCGAAAGUUAUUUUAUUUCCCUAUUAUGUUUUCUACCAUCUCAUCAUAUAUCACUAGUUGUCAUAAAUGUCAACAAUUUAAAGGGAAAACAGACAAUGUUCGGAUGUAUCAUCCACGUAUACCAACAGAGUAUUGUACUUUUGAUAAAAUAUGUUUAGAUUUCAAAUCUAUGCCUGCAUCACCAACAGGAUUUAAACAUAUUAUGGUAGUCUGUGAUGAAAUAACUCGUUUUCUUAUCUGUAUUCCCCUCAAAACAUUAGAUGCUGAGACUAUUUGCGAAGCUAUUAUACAGAAGAUUGUAUGUAUAUUUGGUCCCCCAUCAGUAUUAAUAACUGAUGCUGCUUCAUCGCUUACAGGAAAACUUGUCUCUAUUCUUUGUUCUGCAUUACAGAUCGAUCACAAACUUAUCAGUGUAUCUAAUCAUGGUAGUCUCAUGGUGGAGAGACAUAUUAAGUCAAUAUCAGACUUACUCAAGUUCAAUUUGAACCAAUAUGGUACCGACUGGGUUCGAUAUGUGUCAACUUGCACAUAUGCAUACAAUUCCUUUGUCUCCCCACAAUUAGGAAAUUUUAGUCCAUACGAACUUGCCUUUGGUAAGCCACCAAAGAAUCUUACUUCUUUAGCUUGGAAUUUCGAUGGAGUUAGUAAAUCCUAUGAGGAGUAUUUAAGUCAUUUAAAGCAAAAAUUCAAUGCUAUAUCAUCUUCUAUGCUUGAUCUUCAACGUAGACAACAAGAACAUCAAAAUAUAAGCAUUUCUCAUAGUAUAAGUAAAAACCCUAUUUAUGGACUUGGACAAUUUGUCUAUGUAUUAAAACCAUCUUCUUCAUCUCUUACUUGUAACUCUAGGAAGAUGAAGGCUGAAUGGUGUGGUCCCUUAGUGGUUCAUCAAAUCUUGGACAGAACGCAUUAUAUACUUUCCACUUUGGACGGAAAGAUAUUACAAGAUGUUUAUUCUAUAAAUAGACUUAAACCAUGCUUUGUUCGUUCUAAUGAGCCAAAUAAACGUCUAACUCAUAUUGAUCAAUUACGAAAACAUCUUGGUAAAACUGAAUAG